AACAACAACUAUGACAACAAAGUGAAGCUCAGCUGUACGAAUUAUGAACAAUGUUGUAAUAGCAGCUAAAAUCUAGGCAGGGAACCGAGUUCGGUCAGAAUGAUGGUUGGCAAUAGUUGAUCCAAAGAGAACCCUCUCAUCUGAUGUGUAUAUAAUCUAGCUUUUAAGAAAAUGCUCAGUCUGUGUUUUGAGUUGAAAGUAAACUUGUUGCCCGUUCAGACAGAUUUGCUGCCGUCGAUCAACGACCACGAACGCUGUGGUAGUCUGCUACAGAAGGCAACUCACACAAAUGACAACAUAGUAAAGUAGGAAAUGCUGCUGUAGCAGCAGCUGUACUCUUUUCUUUUUGCUAUCCCUUGACUGAACGGAAAUUUAAUUCCCAAUGUUGGAUUUUAGCAGAUCUUGAUUUGUUUUUUUAGUCUCAAGUGAAAGCCAUUCUUCUCAGAGUUGGCUGCACAUCUGAUCCGUUGUUUGACAUGGAAAGAAAAGAUUUUUUGAAGUUGCAGUCUACUUAAAGUUCAAAAGCAAUACUUGAUCUGUCUAAGCUGUUAUUGGCCUUAGUAAUUAACCGAAAAGCUAGAUUCCUGCUACUCUAUAACAGUAGCCAUGACGUCACCUUCUUCUGGGGCUCAUCUACCAUUGGAUCUAACUCAUGUUGAGAUAGAGGUUCCAAAUUAUGGUGUUUUACGGGAGGAACGAAUGAACAGAAAUCGGGAAACGAUGCAAGCUGUUGACAAAGGAAUCAGCAAAGACAUUCUACCAGAGGUGGACCUAACGUCCGCUGAGACGGGAGCAGCCGUGUGUAUCCAGAGACACUUCAGGGGACACCAAGGGAGGAAAGUCUAUGUGGAGAAAUUGUAUACCAAGUAUGAAGAGGAAGAACGAGAGAGGACAGAACGAAUACACAGACAGAUGGAGGAGGGGGAGCUGCUAGUGGACAA